AUGACUUCUGUCCUGUUUCUCUGUUUGAAGAACAUAAGGACAUUCCUCACGGCCUGUUGCGAGACAUUUGGAAUGAGAAAGAGUGAACUCUUUGAAGCAUUUGACCUGUUUGAUGUUCGUGACUUUGGAAAGGUUAUAGAAACACUGUCACGACUUUCUCGCACACCUAUAGCGUUGGCCACAGGAAUCAGGCCCUUCCCAACAGAAGAAAGUGUUAAUGAUGAAGACAUUUACAAAGGCCUUCCUGAUUUAAUAGAUGAAACCCAUGUGGAAGAUGAAGAAGGUCUCUACGACUGUGUUUAUGGGGAAGACGAAGGUGGAGAAGUCUAUGAGGACUUAAUGAAGGCAGAGGAAGCACAUCAAGCCAAAUGUCCAGAAAAUGACAUACGAAGUUGCUGCCUAGCAGAAAUUAAGCAGACAGAAGAAAAAUACACAGAAACGUUGGAGUCAAUAGAAAAAUAUUUCAUGGCACCGCUAAAAAGAUUUCUGACAGCAGCAGAAUUUGAUUCAGUAUUCAUCAACAUUCCUGAACUUGUAAAAGUUCAUCGGAACCUAAUGCAAGAGAUUCAUGAUUCCAUUGUAAAUAAAAAUGACCAGAACUUGUAUCAAGUUUUCAUUAACUACAAGGAAAGGUUGGUUAUAUAUGGGCAGUACUGUAGUGGAGUGGAGUUGGCCAUCUCUAGUUUAGACAACAUUUCUAAGACAAAAGAAGAUGUAAAACUGAAAUUAGAGGAAUGUUCCAAAAGAGCGAAUAAUGGAAAAUUCACUCUUCGAGAUUUGCUUGUGGUUCCUAUGCAACGGGUUUUAAAGUAUCACCUUCUUCUCCAGGAACUGGUCAAACAUACCACUGAUCCUAUGGAGAAGGCAAAUCUGAAACUGGCUCUUGAUGCGAUGAAGGACUUGGCACAAUAUGUGAAUGAAGUGAAAAGAGAUAAUGAGACCCUUCGUGAAAUUAAACAGUUUCAGCUAUCUAUAGAAAAUCUGAACCAACCAGUUUUGCUUUUUGGACGACCUCAGGGAGAUGGUGAAAUUCGCAUAACCACUCUAGACAAGCAUACAAAGCAAGAAAGGCAUAUCUUCCUGUUUGAUUUGGCAGUGAUUGUAUGUAAAAGGAAAGGCGAUAACUAUGAAAUGAAGGAAAUAAUAGAUCUUCAGCAGUACAAAAUAGCCAACAAUCCUACAACUGAUAAAGAAAAUAAAAAGUGGUCUUACGGCUUCUACCUCAUCCAUACCCAAGGACAAAAUGGGUUAGAAUUUUAUUGCAAAACAAAAGAUUUAAAGAAAAAAUGGCUGGAACAGUUUGAAAUGGCUUUAUCGAACAUAAGGCCAGACUACGCAGACUCCAAUUUCCAUGAGUUCAAGAUGCACACCUUCAGUCGGGUUACAUCCUGCAAAGUCUGCCAGAUGCUCCUGAGAGGAACAUUUUAUCAAGGCUAUUUAUGUUUUAAAUGUGGCGCGAGAGCACACAAAGAAUGUUUGGGAAGAGUAGACAAUUGUGGCAGAGUUAAUUCUGCUGAACAAGGGACGCUCAAACCACCGGAGAAACGGACCAAUGGACUACGAAGAAACCCGAGACAGGUGGAUCCAGGUUUACCAAAGAUGCAGGUCAUUAAGAACUAUACUGGGACACCACCCCCGGCUCUUCAUGAAGGACCCCCGUUACAUAUCCAGGCAGGGGAUACGGUUGAACUUCUGAGAGGAGACGCACACAGUCUGUUUUGGCAGGGUAGAAAUUUAGCAUCUGGAGAGGUUGGAUUUUUUCCGAGUGAUGCUGUCAAGCCUUGCCCCUGUGUCCCCAAACCAGUAGAUUAUUCUUGCCAACCCUGGUAUGCUGGAGCAAUGGAAAGAUUGCAGGCAGAGACUGAACUUAUUAAUAGGGUAAAUAGUACUUACCUUGUGAGACACAGGACCAAAGAGUCAGGAGAAUAUGCAAUUAGCAUUAAGUACAAUAAUGAAGCAAAGCACAUCAAGAUUUUAACAAGAGAUGGCUUUUUUCACAUUGCAGAAAAUAGAAAAUUUAAAAGUUUAAUGGAACUUGUGGAGUACUACAAGCAUCAUUCUCUUAAAGAAGGUUUUAGAACCUUGGAUACGACCCUACAGUUUCCAUACAAGGAGCCAGAACAUUCAGCUGGACAGAGGGGUAAUAGAGCAGGCCACAGCUUGCUAAGUCCGAAAGUGCUGGGCAUCGCCGUUGCUCGGUAUGACUUCUGUGCCAGAGACAUGCGAGAAUUGUCCUUGCUGAAAGGAGACGUGGUGAAGAUUUACACGAAGAUGAGUGCAAAUGGCUGGUGGAGAGGAGAAGUAAAUGGCAGGGUGGGCUGGUUUCCAUCCACGUAUGUGGAAGAGGAUGAAUAA